GUAGUGGAAGACAGAAACUGCAAUGGCCGUCUAGAACACGUCGAGGUGACGUGUCGUAAUAGCUUCAUUUUACGAAAUUUUGUCCUUAAUAAAAAAUGAUUGCAUUUAAGCGCGACAAGAAGGAAGAGGAGGAUGGUGGUGGAAACCCAUUCCAAAACUUAGAGAAGACCACGGUUCUUCAGGAAGCACGUACAUUCAACAAUACGCCCGUAAAUCCGAGAAAAUGCGCUCACAUCCUCACCAAGAUUCUGUAUCUGCUCAAUCAAGGCGAACAGUUGGGUACAACGGAAGCCACGGAGGCUUUCUUUGCCAUGACCAAGUUAUUUCAGUCACGUGACGUUAUAUUAAGACGACUAGUCUAUCUAGGCAUCAAAGAAUUAAGUUCUUUAGCCGAGGAUGUAAUUAUAGUCACUUCCAGUCUUACAAAAGACAUGACAGGAAAGGAGGAUUUAUAUAGGGCUGCUGCUAUUCGAGCGCUUUGCACUAUCACCGAUGGUAGCAUGUUGGCGGCCAUUGAACGUUACAUGAAGCAAGCUAUAGUCGAUCGUUCACCGGCAGUAUCCAGUGCUGCCCUUGUUUCUUCUUUGCAUUUGACAAGUGUGUCCAGUGAUGUAGCGAGGAGAUGGGCAAAUGAGGCACAAGAAGCGUUAAAUUCAAGCAAUGUAAUGGUUCAAUAUCAUGCUUUGGGCGUUCUAUAUCAAGCACGUAAAGCAGACAAGCAUGCGGUUAUCAAACUGGUCGCCAAACUUAUGAAGACAAGUCCAAAGAGUCCUUACGCAGCAUGCAUGCUGAUUAGAAUGGCAUAUAAAUUAUUAGAUGAAGUGGACGAGGGCGAAGAACUGAUAGGAUUCAUCGAAUCUUGUUUGCGACACAAGUCCGAAAUGGUGGUGUACGAAGCGGCUCAUGCUUUGGUCAACCUUGGGCGAAGCGGUGCCAGAGAAAUCGGACCUGCAAUCAGCGUUUUACAGUUAUUCUGUGGUUCGCCAAAACCAGCACUCCGCUUUGCCGCAGUCAGAACCCUUAAUAAGGUCGCGAUGUCUCAUCCAGCAGCAGUCACAGCUUGCAACUUGGAUUUAGAAAAUCUGAUCACGGAUUCAAAUAGAUCGAUUGCUACUUUAGCAAUUACUACUCUCUUAAAAACUGGAGCAGAGAGUUCUGUUGACCGUCUGAUGAAGCAGAUCGCUACUUUUGUAUCGGAAAUUUCGGAUGAAUUUAAGGUCGUGGUGGUGCAAGCUAUUAGAGCUUUAUGUCAAAAAUUCCCUCGCAAGCACGCAGUCUUGAUGAACUUCCUCUCAGCUAUGUUGAGAGACGAGGGUGGACUCGAAUACAAAGCGGCGAUUGCCGACACUAUUAUAGCUGUAAUGGAAGGAAAUGCAGAAGCCAAGGAAGCGGGACUUGCGCAUCUCUGUGAAUUUAUCGAAGAUUGUGAACACAUUUCCCUUGCCGUGCGCAUUUUGCAUCUACUUGGUCAAGAGGGACCUACGUCGAAACAACCAUCGAGAUACAUCCGUUUUAUCUACAAUCGCGUUAUCCUCGAAAGCGCUAGCGUACGCGCAGCAGCUGUUACCGCCUUGGCGCGUUUUGCUGCGGCCUGUCCACUUUUACUUCCAAACGUCUUGGUGCUGCUUUCACGUUGUCAGUUGGAUUCGGAUGAUGAAGUUCGCGAUCGUGCAGCUUACUACUGCACGAUCCUGCAACAGCAGAACGACCCAACUAUAUUGCCUCUGGUGCAACCGCCUUUACUAUCGGUGCCAACACUAGAAAGGGCCUUACGAAAUUAUAUGCAAACACCUAUGGAAGAAUCGUUCGACAUUUCUCAGAUACCUCCAGCGCAAACGGUAGAAGAACCAGCCCAAGUGGAAGUGCACACUACUAUCAAGCAACCUCGUUUGACUAGAGAAGAGAGUUUUAUGGAAAAAUUAUCACAAAUCCCGCAUUUAGCUAUGAUUAUUCGAGACACAUCGCUCCUCAAAUCUUCGCCAGUGUUCGAAUUAACGGAAUCCGAGACGGAAUAUAACGUCAAAUGCAUCAAACAUACAUUUCCCGAAUAUCUUAUUCUACAAUUUGACUGCGUUAAUACACUUUCCGAUCAACUCCUCGAAGAUGUGGUAGUGGCGGUCGAACCUUCCGAAGGCUAUUCCGUUGUAUGCGUAGAACCAUGUCCGCGAUUACCUUACAACGAACCAGGAACCACCUACACAGUAUUAAAAUAUCCGGAAGACGUACACGCUAGCGUCGCUACCAUUCCCACGACACUUCGAUUUAUGGCAAGAGAUUGCGAUCCAACCACGGGAAUACCAGAUGCGGAUCAAGGAUAUCAUGAUGAAUAUAUGUUGGAAGAUUUGGAAGUAACUCUAGCCGAUCAAGUACGUGGGGUUGGUAACAGAGGCAUGGACUUUAAUGCCGCUUGGGAAACGUAUGCUGCAAAGGGAUUUGUCAAACUGGAAGAGACAUUCGCUUUAGGAGCUUCAGUGACAUCUUUAGAAGGAGCAAUUCAAAGCCUUACGGGAUUCUUAGGCUUGGAAGCUGUGGAACGUAGUAAUAGGGUACAGAGCGGAGCGGCUGCUCAUAAUCUAUUCUUAAGUGGUGUCUUCCGAGGAGGUAAGGAAGUUUUAGCGCGUGCAAGAUUAGCGCUGAGUGGAACGCAAGUUACGAUGCAGUUGUCAGUUCUUUGUCAAGAUCCAGACGUUGCUGACCUAAUAGUCUCAUCUGUAGGAUAGAGAUUUUCGGUAAUAUAAUAAUUUUCACGAUAUAAAUUUCUUUAAGAGAAAUAUAUUCGUUGAUUACUGUAAAAUAAUUUUUAUAAUAUAGGAUUAUUGUUAUAUAUAUAUAUACAUGGAAAUUAUCGAAGAAUACUGCUUGUAUUUCUUUUUGUCGUAGAAUUAAUAUAUCAUAUGACUUUCUCUUA